AUGGAACUUAGAGAUGUUAGUCAUUUGGAGAAGAAGAGUGCUUUGGCUGAAGAUUUUGUAGAGGUAAUGAAGGAUGUGCAUGAUCAAGUGAGGAACCUGCUGCAACAUACCAUAGAAAAGUAUAAGGUAGCAGCAUAUAAGAAAAGAAAAGAUUUGCAAUUCAGGGUAGGUGAUUUGGUGAUGGUACAUCUAAAGAAGGAGAGAUUACCUAAGGAGAAAUAUACCAAGUUGCUGAUGAAGAAGCUUGGUCCUUGCAAGAUCCUCAAGAAGUGUGGCAACAAUGCCUACAAAGUGGACUUACCUUCUUCUAUUGGUUUGUCACCUAUUUUUAAUGUUGCUGACCUGUAUCCUUAUAAAGGAUCUAUAGAUGAUGUUUUUGUUGCAGGUGAAUUAGAUGUCCAGCAUGAUGAGUCACUCAAGGAGAUAUCACAGCCAUCCAUGUUAGAGAUUGAGAGCAUCCUUGACAAGCGGGUGAUCAAACAUAGAAGGAGGAAGGUGUAUUAUGAGUACUUGGUCAAAUGGAAACACCAACCCCUGGAGGAAGCCACAUGGAUGACUAAGGAGGCCAUUGAAAAGGUAGGGUUUCAGUUUGAGUCCAUUCCCACUCAAGGGACUUGA